UCGGUGAGUGGGGGAUGAAGAGCGUGCCCGCAGCGCGCUUUUUUAGAGAGAGGCUGCGGUUGACCCGAGACCUGGCAGGGCAGCUCUUGGGUCACGUGCGCAACGCCUCGCAGCCUCGCAAACACGCUGUAUUGGCCCCAGUAGAACCAAGCAAGUGGGAUGCGAAUCUUGGAAAGUAGCUUAAGCUCCGUGCCUCUUUUUGCGGUGUUGCAGCCUGGGCUCGUUUGUGUUGUUGCAGGCUUGCGUGCGCGUCCACAGCUUCCUGCGAAGGUUGGCAGCCUUAGUGCGAGGAUCCGUGCGACGAGCUUCUGCCCCCUUGUUCUGCGCCUCGGCCCGGCCGAUGGGCAGAUAUUGAACUUGCUGGGAGCUUCCGUUACUUUGCUGGCGAAGCCCAGAGUGCGAUCGGACAAGACCUUAGGAGGAAUCUGCCUGCCAAAAUGCACAGCUUUAGAUGUGGCGAAUCUGGUGUUGAGGUUCUUGGGAUGAACCGCCUAGCUGAUGGGAAAUGCGUGCAGCAAUGUAU